UGUGGACAGGAUCAUACUUAGCUGAGGAUAAUGCUUCUGAUGAAGCUGACUAGUUCUGUGAAAUGGUGCAUUCCAGGGGAGAGGGGAAAAACUUUCCUGUUCGAUUCUGCUGGCUUGAAUAAAUAGGUCUUUAGUGGGCUGUAAGAAAAUUAAGUUGCAGCUUCCUUUCUGUAUUUCUUUAUGAAACAAUUUUGCUAAUGUUAUAGAUCACAAUAGAGAAAAAAAGUUCUUGCUGCCAAUACUGUUAUAAUGGACCAGAAAAUCCUGGUUCUAGCAGCAGAUGAAAAAUGGGAGCAACUUCAGAUAUGCUUGCAAAACCUGAAGAAAAAUGAGUUGAAUGAUCUGGUUACGAAGCAUGCUCUGAGGGGAAAAGAAAUUGGUGCUCUUCUGAGUGGGAUCCUCAAAGGUUCUCCCUGCUCCCAAGAGAAUGGUAUUGUGAGGAGGCUCAGUGUAUACCAUCAUUGUAUCCAGUUAGUGGAGUCAGGGGACCUUCAUGUGGAGAUCACGUCUGAGAUUAUAAGGCUGCUGAUGUUAGAGGCUCAUGAACUGCCAGGCCCUGCAUUGGUUGACUUGGCUACUUUCUUUAUUGAAGCUAUCAAAAGGGACAGCUUGCUGAGUGGAAAAUCUUUGGAGAUAUUUCCUACAGUUCUGACUGCUCUGGCUACAUCUGAAGAAACUCUGGUUUAUGGUACCAGUGAGCUAAGUGGUGAAGAGUUUAAGAAACAGCUGAUCAAUCGACUUUGCUCAAGCAGGUGGGGUCAUCAUCAUGUGAUACAUCUCACUUCUAUGUUCAGGGAUGUCCCACUGAGUGUGGAAGAGCUGCAGUUUGUGGUGGAAAAGGUCCUAAGAAUGUUCCCUAAGUUAGACCUGCAGGAAAUCCCUCCUUUAAUUUAUCAGCUGCUGUUGCUUUCUUCAAAGGGUAGCAAGAAAAACAUUUUGGAAGGAAUAAUCAGCUUUUUCAACCAGAUGGAUAAAAAGCAAAAAGAAGAGCAGAGAGAUUCAGAGUCAAUGGACCUUGAGGAAGCUACAAUGCCCUUAGACCAACUUCGUCAUGUUGAAGGCACCAUCAUUCUGCACAUAGUGCUGGGUAUUAAUCUAGACCAGGAUUUAGGAAAGGAGUUAAUCAAAUACUUAAAGAUAGAGCAGCAAGGGGAUCCUAGCCAGGCCCUGUGUCCCUUCAGUGUAACCAUUUUACUCUCAAUGACCAGAAUACACCGAUUUAGAGAGCAGGUGUUUGACUUUCUGAAAAGUUCAAUUAUGAGAAGCUUCAAGGACAAGCAGUUCAUUCAGGGCUCCAAGUUCCUUCAGGAUAUGUCUCCUUUACAGUACGACAUAGGUGCCAUGUUUUUAGAAGUUGUGGCAAACAGUGUGUAUGGCUGGGAUCAUGUGAUACAGGGCCUCGUGGAGCUUGGAUUCAUAUUGAUGGACUCCUAUGGGUCAAAAAGACCUUUUGGAGGCAAAGCCACAGAAACUAACCAUGGGCUUUCCAAAACUCCAGCCCAGCAGGCAUGUAAGUUAGGAGCUGACAUCUUAUUGGAAAUUUUCAAGGUCCAUGAGCGCAUCAGAAGUGAAAUAUUGGAGCAGGUUCUGAACAGAGUCAUUACAAAUGCUGGUUCACCUAUCAGUAAUUUCCUAGAUCUGUUGUCCAGUAUUAUCAUCUCUGCACCACUUUUUCUUCAGAACUCUUCCUCCAAAAUCACAGAAGCCUUUGAUCAUUUUUCAUUCCUGCCCCUUGACACAGUGCAAGGGCUUCUUAAGGCUGUACAGCCCCUUCUCAAAAUAAGCAUGUCUAUGAGGGACUCCCUGAUCCUUGUUCUUCGCAAAUCAAUGUUCUCUGGGCAACUGGAUGCCCGUAAGGCUGCAGUGGCUGGGUUUCUGCUGCUCCUGAAGAAUUUUAAGGUUCUGGGCAGCUUGAGCUCUUCACAGUGCAGCCAGGCAAUUGGCGCAGUUCAGGUCCAGGUGGAUGUCCAUACCCGCUAUAAUGAGGCAGCCAAUGAGGCCUUUUGUCUAGAAAUUCUGGGUAGCUUGAGGAGAUGUUUAAGUCAGCAGGUCGAUGUCAGACUCAUGCUCUAUGAGGGUUUGUAUGAUGUCCUGCGCAGGAAUUCACAACUGAGUAAUUCCAUUCUGAAGACACUGUUAUCCCAGAUGAAGUAUUAUUAUGAAACAGAACCUGACCUACUGCCCCCAAUAAAACUACAGAGAUGCAUCUUAGCUCAGAGAGACCAAAUCUGCCUGCAAGAACCUUUGGCUCACUUGCUCUGCUGCAUCCAUCAUUGCCUAGCUUGGUAUAAGAGCACUUUAGCCUUGCAUCAACAAGCUGAGGAUGAUGAUGAGGAGGAGGAAGAUAAAGGCUUCAAACAAGAGUUGGAUGAGAUGCUGCAGUCUAUCACACAGCGAAUGAUCAAGAGUGAACUAGAAGAUUUUGAACUGGAUAAGUCAGCAGACUUCUCUCAGUCUACUGGAGUGGGAUUGACGAACACCAUCUUUGCCAUUUUAGUGAUGGGGGUGUGUGAAGUCCUGAUGGAGUAUAACUUCAUCACAGGGAAUUUCAGUAAGAGCAAGUUUGAAAAUGUUCUUGGCCUGUUCAAGUGUUACACCAAACUCUGUGAAAUUCUGAAAGAGAAAGCCGGAAAGAACAAGCCCCCUUCAGCAAACAAAGUUGCCCGAAGCCUCCUUUCUAUGGGUUUUGUAUGCACCUUGCUUACAAGUCUUUUCAGGGACUGUUCCCAAAUCCAUGAGGAGAGCCUGGCUGUUCUGCGCUCCAGCAGUGAAUUCAUGCGUUAUGCUGUCAGUGUGGCACUGCAGAAAGUGCAGCAACUGGAGGAGGCAGGGCAAACCGAUGGGCCUGAUGGGCAGAACCAAGAGAAGAUGUUCCAAAACCUCUGCAGCAUCACCCAAGUCCUGUUGUGGAGAUACACCUCAAUCCCACCUGCAGCUGAAGAACUGGCCAAGAAGGAAAAGGGCAAGAGCAUCUCGCUGUUGUGCUUGGAGGCUUUGCUGCGGAUCUUUAACACUGUGCAACAGCUUUAUCCGGCAAAGAUUCCACAAUUUCUACAGGGUUUGGAGAUUACAAAUGAAGAUGCAGAAGAAGGGAUGGACGUUAACGUUACAGAAAGAACUGCUUUCCAGAUUCGACAGUUUCAGAGGUCUCUGCUGAACCUGCUCAACAAUGCUGAAGAUGACUUCAAUAGCAAGGAAGCCCUUCUGUUGAUCAACAUUCUCACAACACUUUCAAAGCUGCUGGAGCCUUCUUCUCCGCAGUUUGUGCAGCUGUUAUCAUGGACAGUCAAGAUUUGCAAAGAAACUAGCCUGGAAGAUGCACCUUGCUGCAAAGGCUUGCUAGCCCUGCUCUUCAGUCUACACACUCUCAUUAAGAGCCCAGUUAGUGUAUUGCGUGAGCUUGCCCAGGAUAUUCAUGCUCGAUUUGGAGACAUAGACCAGGAUCUUGAAAUGGAGCAUCAGUCCCACUUUGCUAUUGUGAACUUAAAAACGGCAGCACCUACAGUUUGUUUGCUGGUUUUGGGUCAAGCAGAGAAGGUCCUUGAAGAGGUGGACUGGCUGGUCAAUAAGAUGAAGAGCAAGUUGUGCUCAGAGGCAGCAGAGGAUGCCUCACAAGCACCAAACCAGAUAGAUCCAUUAGAAAAGGCAAUCAUUAUUCAGCUCGGGACCUUGCUAACUGCUUACCAUGAGCUAGUGCAAACAGCGUUACCUUCUAGGAGUUGUGUGGACAUGCUGCUCAGGAGUGUGAGCAAGAUGUAUGCUGUUCUCACUGCCCUUGCAAAAUAUCAUCUCCAGCUGUGUCGGAGCAUAACUGGGGGAAUUUCAGGACGGUUUGAAAAGCUGGUUAGGCUCUCUGGUUCCCACUUAACCCCACAGUGUUAUGCUUUCAUCACGUAUGUGCAGAACAUCCAGAGUGAAACCUUGAGCUUUGGAGGAGCAAACAAGAAAAAGGACAAAACAGCGACAGAGAUGUCCACAGUCAUGGCUAAAGUGUUGCGGGAGAGUAAGCCAAUUCCAAACCUGAUUUUUGCUAUAGAACAAUAUGAAAAUGUUCUGAUCCAUCUCUCAAAAAAAUCAAAGGUCAACCUAAUGCAGUAUAUGAAACUGAGCACCUCGCGAGACUUCCGUAUCAAUGUCUCUAUGCUGGAGAGUGCCUUCCAGGAACAGAAUGGUGCAAAUGCAGAGAAUGAGCCAGACAACGAGCAGAGUGCUACAUCUGUACAUUCCAACAACAGCCAGGAGCCCAAAAAGAAGAGGAGACGAAAAAAAUGAGAGCUGUUUCCUUUAUUACCAAAUGAAUUUCUGUAUUUGGCUGUGCUAGUCUUGCACAGCAUUAGAG